ACUUCUGCUCUCCAUGAAACCAAGCAGCCCUGCGCCAUUACAAGACUCACAGAUUACAUCAUUUGCACCGGCUGUACUAGCUUGAUCAUCACAAUAAUGGCCUCCACCAACAGCUGGACCCAUGAGAUCGAGUCGGCGGUCACCGCACCGCGCCUCUUCCGCGCUGGCGUCAUGGACUGGCACACCCUGGCUCCCAAGCUCGCGCCGCAAAUUGUUGCCAGUGCCCACCCUGUUGAGGGAGAAGGCGGUGUCGGCAGCGUCAGGCAGUUCAACUUCACCUCAGCCAUGCCCUUCAACCUCAUGAAGGAGAGGCUCGAGUUCAUUGACGCAGAUAAGUGCGAGUGCAAGUCGACUCUUAUCGAGGGCGGUGGCAUCGGCACGGCAAUCGAGACAGCCACUUCGCACAUCAAGGUGGAGCCGGCAGCAAACGGUGGGAGCGUAGUGAAGGUGGAAUCGACAUACAAGCUGCUUCCAGGCGUGGAGGUGAAUGAUGAGAUUACCAAGGCCAAGGAUUCUGUCACGGCCAUCUUCAAGGCCGCCGAGGCCUACCUCAUCGCCAACCCAGACGCCUACAACUAAAUCAGUUGAGAGGGAUUAAAUAUGAUUAUGUUCUCCCUGGUUUGAUUUUUGUGUGCUUUCUUCCUGAAUAAUAAGGCUGCUCCAAUCUCCAAGUAGUGAUGCGAGAGCACUAAGCAGAGUGUGGACCUGAGAAGUUUAAAAGUUGUGUAUUUGUAACUAUCAAAGGGAGCUGUUGUUUGAUGAUA